AUGAGGAGUGGUCUUGAUACAGAGAUUCUGGAUGCGGUGUGGGGAGGUCGGAUGAAGGAUCUGCUGCUGCGCCCGGGGAGCGACGAACCCCCAAAAACCUCCAAUCAUUUGAGACAAACCCCCAAAACCGGCAGAGGGAGCAGCAUCAGUGUAGAGCUGAAUGUCAAGGGAGUUGGUCAGCUGGUCAUCGUAAAAGAAAGAGAUACCAUUCCAGUUCGAGAGGAGAUGGAGCCACAAGCGCAGCUCGCUGUUCUCCUGACUGCAGAGAUGGAUCGUUCCUGCCUAAUCUUCGUCACCGUCUGCCUUGUUGCUGUAGGAUUCCUGCAGCUUGUGGCCUCUCAAUCAGUUCCACUGGACAUGGUUCCUGAAUCUAUUGAUGACAUGUACCGUGGAUGCAAGAAGGAAAUGGCAAACAAGGUCAACAAAAAAUACUUCAAAAAAGAGUAUAAUGGAAUAUUUAAACAGGCCUGGAUAAAUGCAGAAAAGUGUUCCCACCAGAAACCAGACGCAGUGGAUAAGGCUCUCAACAAAAACCACAUGCAUGCAAUCUGUGCUUAUUCAUCUAAAAUCAUUUAUAAAGAAUUCAAUUUAGCAGUCAGAACCAGUAAGAAUACCUACAGCAGCUCUUUCAAAUUCCACUCUUUACAUUACUGGCUGACUUCUGCCAUACAAAUCCUGAAAGACCAUCAACCCUGUCACACUACUUUUAGAAGAACCAAAUCUGUGUUCACCGGCAAAGUCAACAGCUUUAUUCGGUUUGGUACGUUUGCCUCCAGCUCUUUCGAUAAUACCAUUGUAAAAUAUGGUAGAGAGACCUGCUUUCAAAUCACGACCUGUUUAGGAGCCUUCCUGAAGCAUUAUGAAGUAUUUAACAACAAAGAAGUGCUCAUCCCCCCCUACGAAGUAUUCAAGAUAAAGAAAAUUUAUAACGGUCAGGGUACAUUUCCUCCUCUGCCUGACUGUAAGAGGGUCUUCAUCUUGGAAAGUGCGGGAAAGCAGAGUAACCUGAACUGCAAAGUUGCAAAGUAAGAGAGAGCAGAGUUUAGUCCAACUGAUGCAGAACAUGUAAUAAAAUGAGUUUUGUUCUGUAAACUUGAUAAAUCAAUAAAUAAAUGUAUAAAUCAUUAAAGUGCUGUAGUGAAGUCAGUGACGGAGCAUCACAGCACCAUCUAUGACUGUGUGCAGGAUUUACAUUGAUGUCUAUGUGCAGCAGACUGUAUGUCUGGAUGGGAUCAAUACAUGUGUGACAUCACACACAUCUGGAUCUUCUCUCUUUACAUUU